AUGGCUACCGGUAUCCGCAUCGCCAUUGACCGCGGUGGCACGUUUACAGACGCCUGGGCUUCUGUACCUGGGCGGAAGGAGCAUAUUGUCUUCAAGACUCUAUCAGUCUCACCAGACGAGUACCCCGAUGCUCCGACAGAAUGCAUCCGCCAGAUCCUGGAAACAGCCACAGGGAAGCCUGUCCCCCGGGGCUCUCUUCUAGACCUGUCACCCAUCGAGAGCAUACGCAUGGGGACCACAGUCGCCACAAACGCUUUGCUUGAGCGCAAAGGCGAGCGCGUCGCCUUUCUUACAACAAAAGGAUUCAGGGACACGCUCUUCAUCGGCAACCAGACACGGCCAGAUCUUUUCGAUCUCUCAGUGAGGCGGUUGAAACAGCUGUACGAGACAGUCGUCGAGGUCGACGAGCGUGUCACCAUUGAGGGCUUCAGCGAGAACCCGGAGCCCCAGUCCAUCGACGUUUCAUCAGAUCCCAAUCUCAUCACGGGCCAAACAGGCGAGGUGGUCCGCAUCAUCAAGAAGCCCGAUCUCGAGGUGGUCCGGAAGGAUCUCGAGAACCUCAAGGAGCGGGGCUUCGAAAAUUUGGCCAUUGGCUUCAUGCACUCAUAUACCUUUCCUGAACAUGAGAUUCAGGUUACAAAAUUGGCGGAGGAUAUGGGUUUCAAGGUCUCGGCCUCGUCUGUGCUCCAGUCCAUGGCCAAAUUUGUCCCGCGCAGUCAGUCUGCCGUCGCCGACGCAUAUCUCACGCCCAUGACCCACACAUAUCUCGAGAGCUUCCGGGAAGGCUUCAAGGGGCAUUUGGAGGAUGAGAGCGCCAAUAAGCUGCUCAUCUGCCAGAGUGACGGCGGCCUGACCAGCUGGACCAAGUUCACUGGCCUGAGAGGUGUUCUGAGCGGCCCUGCUGGCGGCGUCGUGGGUCUGGCGAGGACUUGCUAUGACGAGAAGGAUGGGACACCUGUUCUCGGCUUCGACAUGGGUGGCACAAGCACAGACGUGGCUCGUUACUCUGGCGCGCUCGAGCACAUCUUUGAGAACACCAUUGCUGAAGUGACCAUCCAGACGCCCCAGCUCGACAUCAACACGGUUGCCGCUGGUGGUGGCUCGAUCCUGGCGUGGGAGAAUGGGCUUCUCAAAGUUGGCCCAGGCAGCGCUGGCGCGAACCCGGGGCCGGCAUGCUAUGGCCGCGGCGGUCCCCUGACCGUCACGGACGCCAACUUCCUCCUGGGCAGAAUCGUCCCAGACUUCUUCCCGCGGAGGCUGGAUCUGUAUGUCGUGCGUACCAAGUUUGCGGAGCUGUGUCGGCGGGUGAACAAGGACAAGGAGGCCGGUGCCGAGGACUUUACGCCCGAGACACUGGCUCUGGGCUUCCUGUCCAUCGCCAACGCGACCAUGACGAGGCCCAUUCGUACACUGAGCGAAGGCCGUGGGUACGGUGCCGCAAGUCACAACUUGGGUUGCUUCGGUGGGGCGGGUGGUCAACAUGCUGUCUUCAUCGCCAGAGAUCUGGGCAUCAAGAAGGCCAUUGUGCCACGGUACUCGAGUAUCCUGUCGGCAUACGGCAUGGCGUUGGCCGACGUUGUUGUCGAGAACCAGGAGCCUGUUUCGCUCACCUUUUCAAAGGACACCUUGCCUGAGCUGAGCACGCGCCUUGACUCCCUGUCCGGCAAAGGUGUACAAGGCCUCCAGCAGCAGGGCUUCGAUGGCGACUCGAUAGAGCAUGAGUGCUUCCUCAACAUGCGGUAUCAGGGGAGCGACACGUCCCUCAUGAUCCCCAAACCCGCCAACAUGUCCGAGUACGGUGACGCCUUCACGGCACGUCAUGCUCAGGAGUUUGGGUUUUCGCAAUCACGCGAUAUCCUCAUUGACGACAUUCGCGUCAGGAGUGUGGGCAAGUCGCGGGUUCUGGACAUCUCAAGCCCAUUUGAGGAGUUGAAGAAGUACCAAGAGAACGCGCAGCCUCAGACCCCGGAGCCCAUCUUCAAGAGAGAGAUAUUCUACGAAAAGUCUGGCUGGAACAAGACCAAUGUCUACCAGCUCAACACUCUGACCCCUGGUGUCCAGAUCACUGGCCCGGCCAUGAUUAUCGACAAGACGCAAACCAUUGUUCUUGACGCUGCCAGCAAGGCCAUCAUUCUUCCGGAGCACGUCAUCCUCGAGGUCAGCAAGCAUGAGGCGCAAGUCGUCGACACGGAGGCGGUCGAUCCCGUCCAGCUCAGCGUCUUUGGCCACCGCUUCAUGACGGUGGCAGAGCAGUGCGGACACGUCCUCCAGCAGACGUCCAUAUCCGUCAACAUCAAGGAGCGCCUCGAUUUCUCAUGCGCCAUCUUCUCGGCCGACGGCGGUCUUGUCGCUAACGCGCCGCAUAUUCCCUCCCAUCUCGGGUCCAUGAGCACAGCCAUUGCCUACCAGGCCCAGCGCUAUAAGUCAGGCGAGCUCAAGCCGGGCGAUGUGAUCAUCAGCAACCACCCGCAAGCCGGAGGAACGCAUCUGCCGGACAUCACCACCAUCACCCCCGUUUUUGACAGCGAGGAGGAUCCAAAGGAGAUCAUUUUCUUCGUAGCAAACCGCGGGCAUCACGCUGAUGUCGGUGGCAUCGCCCCGGGAUCCAUGCCUCCCAACUCUACCGAACUGUGGCAGGAGGGCGCUGCCAUCGAGUCCUUCAAGAUGAUCAAGGAGGGUGCCUUUGACGAGGAGGGCCUCUAUGAGCACAUGUACACCAAGCCUGCCUCAUUCCCGGGAUGCAGCGGUACGCGCACGUGGAACGACAACCUCGCGGAUCUCAAGGCGGCCGUUGCGUCCAACAAGAAGGGCAUUGAGCUUAUCCGAUCCCUGAUCAACGAGUUCACCUGGCCGGUGGUGCAGUUCUAUAUGAAGGCGAUCCAGGAGAAUGCUGCGCAGGCCGUGCGCGACCUGCUCAAGGGCUUUGCUGCCAAGUACGAGGGUGGUGUCCUAGAGAGCACCGAGUACAACGACGAUGGCAUCGUGUUCAAGCUCAAGGUGACGAUUGACAAGGACUCUGGCGAGGCCGUCUUUGAUUUCACCGGGACAGGAGCCGAGCACAGCGGCAACCUAAACGCGCCCCCGACGUGCUCAUACUCUGUCAUCAUGUACUGCCUGCGAUCCAUGAUCUCCGCCGACAUUCCCCUGAAUCAGGGCUGCCUCAAACCCAUCAGGGUCGUCUGCCCCGAGAACACGAUCCUAUCGCCCUCGCCUACCGCUGCUACCGUUGGCUGCACGACCGAGACGUCGCAGAAACUAGCCGAUCUUAUCUUCCGCGCGUUUAACGCUGCCGCUGCCUCCCAGGGCACGAUGAACAAUCUGACUUUUGGCUGCGGCGGGACGGACCCCGUCACGGGCGAGGUCAAGAAGGGCUUUGGGUACUACGAGACGAUUGCCGGCGGCGCUGGCGCUGGUCCAGGCUGGCACGGGGCCAGCGGUGUUCACACGCACCUGACGAACACGCGCAUCACCGACCCCGAGAUCUUCGAGAAGCGAUACCCCGUGCUGCUGCACGAGUUCUCGAUACGUAAGGGCAGCGGCGGCCGGGGUGAGUUCAACGGCGGCGAUGGCUGCGUGCGCGAGAUUGAGUUCCGCAUGCCCCUUCAGGUGUCCGUGCUGACGGACCGUCGCGUCACCGCGCCAUAUGGCCUAGAGGGCGGGCAGGAUGGCGCGCGGGGCGUGAACCUGUGGGUAAGGAAGGAUCCCGUCUCGGGACUGAGCAGACAGACGAGCCUUGGGCCGAGGAAGACGACGCACUUUGCGGCUGGGGACCGCAUCAUAAUCUUGACGCCUGGGGGUGGUGGCUGGGGCGACGAGAAGAAGAGGAAGACGGACACGGCUGCGGAAGGGGGCAUCAAGGGGGCUAUCAAGUCGUUGAUGACGAAUGGGUCGCUGGCAUUGAGGAAUAGCAUCGCAGCUGGGAACUAG